AUGGCUGAUGGUGGCAAGAGGGCAGCAGGGAUGGGGAGAAGGGAGCGUAACGAGGGGAACGCAAAGGGCAGGGGGGGAGGAGGGGAGGGGCAGGGAGGGAAGAGGCUGAACGUACAAAGGGGGGAAACGAGGGGCAUGGAUGGUAGGAAACAAGGGCAGGGGUGCGGGAAAUCAAGGGCAGGGAGGGGAGAAGCAAUGGGUGAGGGGAAAACAAGGGAGGGGCAGAGGGGGGGGCAGGGAGGGAAGAAACGUGGGGCAGGGAGGGGAGAAGCCAAAGACAGGGGCAUGGGCAGGCGGGGGCAGGGAGGGAGCAAAGGAGAGGCACGGAGAAAGAAAGGGAGGCGCGGGGAGGGGAGAAACCGGGCGUGGGGGGGGCGGAAAAUGAGGGGCAGGGCGGGGAGGAGGGAGGGGCAGGGAGGGGAGAAGCUGAGCACACGGAGGGGGGAAAGGUGGGGCAGGGAGGUAGGAAGCCAAGGGCAAGGGGGGGAGAGUGGGGGAGCAGGGAGAGGGGGGAGGGAGUGGAGUGGGUCGGCGAGGGGAAGGAAGAGGCGUGCAGCAGAGGAGGGGAGGGGGGAGGAGAAGGUAAACGAGGGGAGCGCACGGGCGGGGAGGAGCGAAUGGCGGGCGGUGGGAAACGGCGAGGGGGGCAGGGAGGGUCAAAAAGGCGGCAAGGGAGCGGGCACGCGGAGGGUGGGGGCGGGGGGGAGCGGAUGGCAUGAGGAGGCAGGGGGUGUGACUAUGAAGGGGGGACCCGGGCAAGGGGUGUGUACCGGUCGGGGCACGGGAUUGACGUGGUACGAUCAUACCUCGGCUACUACGCCGGAUCCCAUCAGAGCUCCGAAGCUAAGCGCCGGUGGGCGAGAGCAGUACUGGGCUGGGUGA